UAUAGUCAACUAACUAUCAAGCUUGAUUUGACCUCAAACAAAAUGGAAUAUCUUCAAAUGGAUGUUGAGCUUGAUUGAGUGGGCUCGGCCCUCUCUAAAAAGAAAUCCUCAAAUCGCUAAUUACAAAUCAGCCCCUCCUUUUCCUUAACGUUACUGAAAACGACUUCUCCGCUGAGAAAUUUCCUGUUAGCCAACCACCGGUCUCCCCGCGCGCCCAUUAGUUCUCUCUGCUUUGCUUCCUCCCAUCCCAGCUGGACCGCCGUCGCUGCUCUCUCUCUCUCUCUCUCUCUCUGCACUGCUCUUUCUCGCUCUACACUCCAGUCUCUUUUUAUCUCUGCACCGCCACUCGUCUGAACCAACACACUCUCUUUCUCUCUCUCUUUCGCGCUAAAUGAUUCUUUUUUUCUAGCUUAGCAAAGCAGCAAACUUGAUCUGCAGCUAACUAUAACUCAAUAUCCAGAGGUGCACAUUAGGGGAGCAGAGGCUAAGAGUUUACGGGAUCUCUAGCAGGCGUAAUGGUGGCCGCCGUAACUGCCGCUGGAUGCGGCAAAGAGCGAGCAUUUUCAAAUAACCCAUCAUCGGAUCGUGGGUGGCGAGCCUGCAGUGAAGAAAGCAACUCGAGGUAUCUGUCAUCUUCCAGGAUCUCUGCUUCAAAAUCCAACCCUUCCUGUUUCUCUACAGUUUCCUCUUCGUCUUCGUCCUCAUCAUCCUCCUCCACUCCCCAACGCUCUCCUUCUCCGCUUCACACCCCAAUGCCUCAAACCCCAUCUACUUUGCCCCAAAAACGUGCCCAAUCCGUAGAUCGACCGCGGACGACUACAAGAAGCCUCUCUGUCUCUUUCCAGGGCGAGUCGUUCGUCUUCCAGACCAGCAAAACCAAGCCCACACCGCGAAAACCCACCUCCGAGUGCCGGAAACCCAUUGCAUCUUUUACUGGUGUCGAAAAUUCCCAGCCAAAUGAGCAGCGGAUGCGGCGAAAUCCGCAUGCGACGGCCAGAGAGUCGAAUUCGUUAACCAGGAGUUUGGACUGCUCUGUAGAUGGAGAUAAUCCCAUAUUGUUGACGGUUCGAUUGCUGCUUGAUGAGACUAAUUUGAACAUUGGUGAUCGAUCUCAGUCGCCGGGUUCUGAUAGUUUGUCAUCGGGGAGCGUUGCGAAAGUGCGGGCCAAGCCCCGUGGUAUCUGUGUUCCCGCAAGGUUUCGGCAGGAGAAUGGCUGCCCUCGCCCUCAUGUUGAAACCCCGCAAAAGCUGAUUAAUGGAAAGCAGCAGCCAUUAGCUAACACCCUGCAACUUCCAUCUCCCAAAUUUAUUCCUUCUACUCCACAUGGACCUAAGUCUUGUUCCCCGAGACAUGAUGGAACUUUGAGGACUAGAAGAAAUAUCAUGGAGAGUUACUCCAAUGGUCAAGUAGGCAAUGCUCCUUCAAUUAUAAGCUUUGCUUCUGAAGUGAGGAGAACUAAGAAAGGCGAGAGCCGGAUUGAAGAUGCUCAUAUGUUGCGCUUAUUUCAUAAUCGGUAUCUGCAAUGGCGUUAUAUUAAUGCACGCGCAGAAAAUGCAUUUUCAACGCAUCUGAUAAAUGCCGAGAAUAAUCUAUAUGAUACAUGGAUAACCAUCUCGGAAUUACAUGAGUUAGCCAUGAAUAAGCAAAUUAAACUAGAAGCACUGAUGCAAAACUUGAAGCUGGCUUCCAUGCUAAAGGGACAAAUUGCUUACUUAGACGAGUGGUCUACUCUUGAUAAUGAUCAUGAAAAUUCCUUGAGAGGGGUUAUUGAAGCAUUAAAGGCCAGCACUCUUCGUCUCCCUGUUAUUGGAGGAGCUAAGUUGGAUAUCCAAGAGGUAAAAGAUGCAAUCAAUUCGACCGUUGGCGUUAUGCAUGCAAUGACAGCUUCCAUAUCCUCUUUACUAUCGAAGGUGGAAGGGAUAAGUUACCAAGCAUCUGAGCUCGCUAAAGCAGCAGCAUAUGAACGAGCUUUGCUUUACCAAUCCAGAGAUCUAUUGUCAAUAGUUGCAGCAUUGCAUGUGAAGCUGUGCAGUGUUCAAGGCUAUAUAUUACAACUAUCAAGAAAGACAAGCCUUAUGCAGCUACAGUAGCUGACAAAGCAGAUUAGGGG